AUGAAACCACGAGCAGAUCUUCUGCUUUGCGUCGACUUUGAUGAGACCAUCACGGUACGCGACACGACCUCGCUGCUCCUGCAGCUGUCAUCCUGCUCGGUACAACGUCAGCAGCAGCUUGUGACGCAGUAUGUGAACGCGAUGGAAGGCUUUCUUGAUGGCUACAAAGCCAAGUGGAGACUGCGUACCAGCCCGAGUCGAAGAUGUGACAAGGUGGGGUUACACGCGUUUCUAAAGGGGUACGCUGCAGCGGACUUGCGUUCGGUGGCGCGAGUUGUCACGUCUCGAGCGCUGCAGGGGAUUCGACAUCAAGAUCUCGUCCAGGCUGCAAGUAUAGUACCGGUCCGACCGAAUUGUGCCGAUACGCUCGCAGCUGUGGACAGGUGGAAGGUCAUUUCUGCCAAUUGGAGCACACGUCUCGUGUCUUCUGUGCUGGCACAAGCUGGCGUUUCUAUCGGCGCCAUUGAGACGAUGCAGAUCAUUGGCAAUGAAAUGCUCGUGGAUGAAGAAGGAGUGACGACUGGAGCAAUCGACGUGAAGGUGCAAUCUCCUGAAGACAAAGCACGUUGCGUGAAUGAAGCGCGCUUGGAGCGCGCAGAGAUGCAGCCGACUGUCAUCUACGUCGGUGACAGCGCCAAUGAUGUGCUGGCUAUGCUGGAAGCUGAUGUGGGCAUUUGGUUUGUUGUUGACGGCACGGCAUCAUCUUUACUAGGCCAGCUGGUGAAAGCUUAUAGCAUUGACGUUCGACCACUGAUGACCGUCUGCUCGAUUGCAGAGUGUGCUGCCAUAGCGGCAUGCAGACCGACGGUAUUUACGAUGACAGACUGGGCACAGCUGCAGGCUUUUCUGUGGCAAACGACGUCUUUGAUCUUACAGUGUUGGCGGCUUUCUGUGAUGGAGGUGUGUGUAUUGAAUUCAGGAAGAGUCUAA